CAGAUUUCGUAUAUAAAGGCGAAUGGAAAUGGAUUGGAAACACAUCAGUUCGAUUGUAGAACAAACAAAGAACAAAUUCUACCAAGCAACAAUGAACAAGUUCAUCGUCUUUGCCACUUUGAUCGCCGCGGCUGUUGCCGCUGAGCUUCCCGGUUACGCAAAGCCUUCCUACCCAGCUGCUGGUUAUGCCAAGCCCGAGGAAUACGCUCCGAUGCCGUACAGCUUUGAUUGGAACGUCAAGGAUGAGCCAAGCUACAACGACUUCGGACACAAGGAGACGAGCGAUGGCAACGUAGUCACCGGAUCUUACCGCGUCGUUCUUCCCGAUGGCCGCACCCAAAUUGUCACCUACAAGGCCGAUGAGAACGGAUUCGUCGCUGACGUGAAAUACGAAGGAGAAGCCAAGUACCCCGCACCCGAAUACAAACCGGCCUCCAAAUAUUAAAUGAACUCCAAUUUACAAGCAGAUUCUUUCUUUUUUAAUAUAAAAAUUCAAAUCCCGUUCGCUCAACACAAACAAAAUUUGAUCGGAUAAAAAUUUUUCAUUUCCGGAACGUAAUUUUCUUUUGCCCAUUCGAGCUUUGGAUAAUUUAUGUCUUUUCUUUUUCAACGUGUAAAACAUCCAUUGUGAAUACACAAACCCACAGAUUUGUAUAAUAA